AUGCUUGACGCCCGACAGAGCAGUGGUCCACAGAAUCAGCCACCAGUAGGGCUCGGAUUAACUGAUUCUUGUCGAGUUGCCAUCCUGGAUCACGACUGGAUCGUCGCUGUGACUUCGAACUCAUUGUUCAUCAUCUGUCAAGUUGUGCGUGCAUUCGAAAUGGCGGCCGGAACAAAUUUGAGAACUGAGCCCUCGGAGCACUUGCAAAGGAAGAUCAUUAACAGCUUUUGGAAGAAAAGGCCAGCCGACAUCAGAACUGUGGAAUAUAUGUCGUAUUUCCUCCAUUACAACACCACUUGCCGAGCGUUGUUUCUAGGAACCAUUCGUAGCGAGUCUAUGGCAAUUGCUUUACAGACUCAUGAAGAUAUACUCGAUGUGGUCAGCAAGAUAUGGCUUCUUGCAGAGGAGAGUCUCAAUUUUGGCCGUCCGGAGUUACGAGCCUCACUCGCGCAGCUCGAUUGCUUUGCUCAACAACCUUCAUUCAAGAUCGACAAUUCGAUCAAUCUGGUGUUACGUCUUUGGUUGACAAUCCGAAUUCAAGACACGGACUUCAACCCAGCCGGCAAGACCAUGCAAUGGGAUGAUACAUCGACAUUCUCUGAUUUCAUGAACAUACACUUCCCAGGACCGAGGCUGCAGGGACAGACUAACUCGGGAAACAUGCUAGAAAGCAACUUCACAGCCGUCAAUCUCUAUCGAAUGUGCGGUAUUCGGAUCGAGUGGAUCAGCCACCUCGAAGAUCACUUGACAUUUGAUAUCGAGCGCCGGGCAUUGAUGGUGUAUUCAUUGGCUGGAUGCCUUCAAGACCAUAUUGAUGGGUACAUAUGAAUCACCGAC